AGCGGUCGCCAGUGCCCGGCGUGUGCCAGGAGCCCGCCGGUGCCGCAGGAGGAGCAGGAAGCGCCCGGGCACAUCCAGCCUCGCUAUCACAUGACUCAGCAGCGGCAGCCGCCGGGCUGAGUUCACCCAGCGCCGCGCCGGGAGGGGGGAAACCUACCGCCGCCGCCGCCGCUGCGAUGAGCCCGCGGCCCCGCGGCUGCCCCUGAGCCCGUCGUUCACACCCCCCCUACCACCACCCCCGCCCGGUUCCCCCAUUGCGGAAGCGCGGCGGGGGCCGCCGGAGCCGCCGCCGCAGCAGCAGCAGCGCUGCCCGCCGGCGCCCCCCGCUCCCCGCCCUGCGCGGCGGACCCGGCGCUGCCGCCGCCGGCGGGGGUACUAUGCUUACGCGGGUGAAGUCCGCCGUGGCCAAUUUCAUGGGCGGCAUCAUGGCUGGCAGCGCGGGGGCCGACCACGGCAGCGGCGCGGACUUGCCCCUCCGCUUCCCUUACGGGAGACCCGAGUUCCUGGGACUGUCGCCGGACGAGGUGGAGUGCUCCGCCGACCACAUCGCCCGCCCCAUCCUCAUCCUCAGCAAGGAGACCCGCCGCCUGCCCUGGACCACGGGCUACGCGGAGGUAAUAAAUGCAGGGAAGAGCACGCACAAUGAAGAUCAAGCCAGCUGUGAAGUCCUCUUUGUCAAGAAGAAAGCUGGAGGUGCUAAUUCUACACCAAACAAGAACUCAACAAAACGGAGGUCGUCGCUGCCUAAUGGAGAAGGUCUCCAGCUGAAAGACAAUUCAGACACAGAUGGUAUCAACCUCUACUACUGGUCCCUAUUUGAUGGACAUGCUGGGUCUGGAGCAGCUGUGGUCGCUUCCAAACUGCUGCAGCACCAUAUCCUGGAGCAGCUGCAGGAGAUUGUGGACAUCCUGAGGAACACAGCCGUCCUCCCGCCCACCUGCCUGGGAGAGGAGCCUGACAACCCGGCCACCAACAGCAGGACACUGACGCGGGCGGCCUCCCUCCGUGGUGGUGUGGGGGCCCCGGGCUCACCCAGCACACCUCCAACACGCUUCUUCACCGAGAAGAAGAUCCCACAUGAGUGCCUGGUUAUUGGGGCCAUAGAAAGUGCAUUCAAGGAAAUGGAUUUGCAAAUAGAACGAGAGAGGACCGUGUAUAAUAUUUCUGGCGGCUGCACAGCCCUUGUGGUGGUGUAUUUAUUGGGGAAGCUUUAUGUGGCAAACGCUGGUGACAGCAGGGCUAUAAUAAUCCGAAAUGGCGAAGUGAUUCCAAUGUCUUCGGAAUUCACUCCAGAGACCGAACGCCAGCGACUUCAGUAUCUGGCUUACAUGCAGCCCCACUUGCUGGGAAAUGAGUUCACACAUUUAGAGUUUCCACGGAGGGUGCAGCGCAAGGAAGUUGGAAAGAGGAUGCUCUACCGUGACUUCAACAUGACUGGCUGGGCAUACAAAACCAUUGAGGAAGAUGACUUGAAGUUUCCCCUUAUAUACGGAGAAGGCAAGAAGGCUCGGGUUAUGGCAACAAUUGGAGUGACCCGAGGACUGGGAGAUCAUGACCUGAAAGUGCACGACUCCAAUAUAUACAUCAAACCUUUCCUGUCCUCAUCUCCCGAGGUUAGAGUCUACGACCUCCUGCAGUAUGAGCAUGGGCCAGAUGAUGUCCUGAUCCUAGCUACUGAUGGACUCUGGGAUGUGCUGUUAAAUGAAGAAGUGGCAGAAGCUGUCACUAACUUUCUACCAAACUGUGACCCCGAUGAUCCCCACAGGUACACGCUGGCGGCGCAGGACCUGGUGAUGCGAGCCAGGGGAGUGCUGAAGGACCGGGGCUGGCGAAUAUCCAACGACAGGCUGGGCUCUGGAGACGACAUCUCUGUCUACGUCAUCCCUUUAAUACAUGGGAACAAACAGUCGUGAAAGUAGCAUCAAGAGUGGUUAUGGGAUGGGGAUCUUUUGGGGAAGGGACUGUAAGAGACAAUAUGUUUUUGGUGAUCUGACCAGGACACUUCCAACUGAUGUAAUCUAUUCAAAACAAAUGCUGGAGGGAUGUUCUUCUGCCCGAAAGGUAGGGCUCUGCACAUAUACUGUAUAUGAUUAAAGAUAACCCUUAAGAUUACAAUUUCCCUAUAGAAAUGGUUUUGGUGCUUAACAGGAAUGGGAUUUAAAUGCUGCUAGCAUAUUCUGGAUUCUGUUAUCCCUCCAGGUGGGGAAUUAUUUUUUUUCCUCGGUUUACCAUGUAGCUUGGAAGAGCCAUUUCAGUUGUGAAAGUAGAAGUAGGUAUCAGAAGCCAAGGAGGCUCCUGAAAUCUACCCCCAAACAUUCAGAAGGUGACUUGGGUCACAUCUCAUUUAAAAAUAGCUAUAUAUACGCAUAUGAGACUCAAGAGUUUUCUUCUUUCAAAAAGUUGCAUUCAUGACUUAUGGACAACUUCAAACUUGUGUAAUCCUUGGAACCCCCAUUUUCCUCUCCUGUCUCUUCUUCAGUAGAUUAUGCUCCUGUAUUUUAGUGGGAAAACUGAAAUUGUUUUCAGUGUGACUAUGCCUGUUUACUGCAGCUAAAACAGCCACCUGCAAAAUUGUCCAGGAGAAAUAGUUCACAGUCCUGUAUGGCAAGAUUUAUUCUGGUGUGAGGAGUUACUUGUCAGGAUUCCCUGUUGCGUGUAUACUAUGAUUAUACAGAGCACGCGAACUCAGCGCUAUGCGAUGUUUACCCUGGAGGCCAUGGUUUCUUUGGGAUCAGAGAUUUUCAUUCGUUGAAUGGUUCUGCCUGCUUUAUCCUGUUGAAAGGAUCCCUGACCGUACGGCUUUUGCACCAGUUGGGAUUCAGUAAAUUGAUUUGGGCUCCUGACUGUAUUUUUAGUUGGAUUCUUGCUUGAAGUGGUGGUCGUGGUGGUGUUCUCGUUAGCAGUUUGGAUACCCAGAUAGCGAUCUAUUUAAAAGUCGUUUCACUUCUUCCUGCCUCACUUACUAUUCAGUAUGCCUUUGCCUGCUUGACUUGGUGACCAGAAAGUGACAGCUUAUAACUUUGUCCUCUUGGUAUCGAGGGCUGUAGUCAAGGAUCAAAAGAUCACUGUGAUAGAUACCAGCCCUUGGCUAGCUUCAGCACCUUUUUUUCUUAGCAGUGAUGAAUCAAUUUAAAUAAAGAAAAUCCUGAGUAAAACAUUAUCAGAGUGAAAGCGAUAGUCCAAGAGGGAAACAAGUGAGCAAAGCUGCAGCUUGACUUGGCUCCCUAUUCCUCAUUGGCGGGAAACGAAGGAAAAACAACAUCAGGAGGCUGUAGCAUGUAGGCAGGUAUAUUGGCUGGGGAGCCAAAUCCAACCUGACUUUCCCCCAGUACCACGUUCUUUUGGAGCUGCAGAUUGGCUUGUACUUCUUGGCUAGCCAGAAACUUGGGGGCUAACGCACUUGUAGGGCACUGGCCAGGCAGCUCACAAGUGUUGUGUCCUUUCUGAAGGAGGAGGAGGACGCCGUGCCCUUUGCAGACUCUCUCCCGAACAGGCGUGGCCAAGAGCUUGCCAGUUUUGUCAUUUAUAAUGUGCUACGUAAACACCGCGCAGCGCGUGGGGGGUACAGCUGCCCAGGUGCUUUAUUUGAUUGCAUCCGGACAUACCUGUGCAACAGUCUCAGUGGGUUUGAACCCCGCCUUGUUCUAAAUCUUUAGACCCAGUAGGAGUUUCCGGUUGAGAGGGGGCAGUGCGGAGUGUGUAAUGGCUCAAACGUGCAGCAAACUGCAUGAUUUUAGCCUGGAAACUGUUCCGUGCAUUCCCCGGUGCCUGCAUGUGAUAAAGCUGCGCAGAACACAGACGUUUUAUAUUCUAGAGCUUCAGCAUAAAUCAAUGGCGUAUCUGAUUAUGUGUUGUCAUGCUUUAUCUAUUCUUUCCUUAUUUUUUUCCUUUACCUCUUUUUCUGUAUGCAGCUGGGUGAAAAGAGAGGUUUGGAGUCUAAAUAUUUUCCACGUGGCCCCUCAUAUGUUUUAAAGUUUAAGCAAGAGAUCUUCUCUUGCACUUUUUUUUUUUGGCCUAAUAAACUUGUAAACAUGCUUUUCAUGCUCUGUGUAACUCCUGUUGUCUCUUCACAAAUGCAGUUGUGUAGUCCUCUAGCGAUUCAGAUCCUCUUUCACAAAGAAACUAAUGCUGGCAAUUCCAGGGGAGUCGUCUGACCAGCAAAGAACCUGGUGCUUGCUGGUCCCAGCUGCAGCCCUGAGUCAAGUAUUUCAGUGCCCAUGUGUUGUUAAUCUUCAUUAUUUGGUAACAUGGUGUCAACACACACACCAGUCGUUAUAAAACCACUGAGUACAAUGCGGUGGAAAUAAAUUUCCAGUGUAGCACUUUCCAAAAUUUGAAAGUGUAAUUUCAAGGCAACGGACGAUGCACCUUCUCAUUCAGGGGUGUUUUCAAACAUAACCCUGGAGAGUUGGGUUAGGAGCGUGCACGACUUGGUGGGAGCAAACUGGCUGGUGACUUCUCAGAGCAAAAUCUCCUGGGCGCUGGCGCGGCUUCGAGAACGGGCCUCCAGUCUGUUUGUUGGUCACCCGAGGUAUUGCUGUCCGUCACCCUGCUGCUCUGCAGCGGCCGUGCCCAGGUGGAGUAGCGGUAGCUAUCACAGCCUCUCCUGGAAAGGGUGGAAGUACAGUAUCAACAAUUAAUAUCAAUUAGCAUCAAUUAAUAAAUUCUGAGAACUUUAAAGGAUAAUUAAAAAAGCUUUCUACCCAGAUGUAUGUGACUGAAAGUAUGCUGUGAUGCUUUUUGUUUUGCUUUUUUACAAAGUAUCUGUUACCCAGUUCCGUGCUUGCCUCCCUAGAGCAUCUCUGGUACAUCUCCGAUACGCUGCGUUGGGACUUGGGCUUUCACUUCUCUCCGCUUUCACUAGGGGCUUCCUACGUGCCUGCACUGUGGUCUGUGCGCUGCUUCAAGGCAUGGUAUAAAUACAGAUACACACCAAAGCCUCGUGUAGAUAGGAGGCAGGAGUCACUUCUUGGGCAGGUGUUGUGUGAGAAGCAAAAAAAAAUUAAAAGCAUUUCCAAUUUCCUUUAUAGGUUGAAUUAUUUUGGGAGUCACAACAUUAGAAACCAGUGAUGGCAGGGAGGAUCCGUGGUGCACAAACCCAUUUUUCAGGUAGGCGGGGGAUGGGUAUUGCCAUGUGCAGACUCGCAGCUGCCCUAGGGCUGAGUGAAGCGCCUGCGUGAGGAGCAGACGCUCGCCGCCUCAAACUGGAGCAAGGUGGGCACUAACUCCAAAUUUUAGAUCCUUGGCACGUCAUCUUAGUCAGUGCCUGUUGCCAGCAGUACUAUGGGGGUUUUUGCCAGUGAACUUCCCUUAGUAUCCAAAAGUUGUUUAAGGCUCCGUUGCAAGGAACCUCGGUCCCGCGUUACGUCUGUAUUCGU